AUGUGUGUUUACAGAGGUACUAGUAGUACGUUCCGGGAGCGGAGGCACGGCUACAUAGGACCCACUUGGCUUCGGGAAGUGAUUUUCGCGGGUCCCGGUGGGGAGGCGGUGGGGGCUUCUGGGCUGAUUGACGAGAAUAUCUUAUCAACGCCCGACAAAACAACCAAAUACGAGCCCGAACUACCUAUCCUGGGAACCGAUAGAGCUGCUCGCUGGUCACCAGGAGAAGAGGAGGAGCAGAUCGUCAACACCAUCAACUUUUUAAUCCCCCCUAGCAAGAGCACCAUGCCGUCCAUGCGCCGCAUCAAGGUCUUCGGCCUCGUCGUCCUGGCCUUUGUGGUCACAAUCCUAUUCUUCACUAAAGGAGCGCGGGACGGGGGUGAUAUGGGGAAUAUGGGGGACUUUUACCAGAAGACGAAGAUUGCAAUGGAGAGGGCGCCGAUUGGAGGUGGGUCGACGAUGGCCGGGGCCGUCAGUAAAGAGGACGGGGAGGUUGCGAGGGCCAUGAGUGAGAGGCUGAAGGAGGCCGCGCAGGUGGCUAAGGACAACGCGAAUGCCAAAUCCCCGAAGCCGGAUGCGCCGAGCAAGAUUGUCGGCGUGGGCAGCGCAGCAGACGGCGCGGGGAAGGGCGUCGCGGGCAGGAAGAAGUAUGCUGUAGGAGGCGAGGAGGCGCAGGAGCCUAUCCAGGAGGAGAAGCCGACCCAGCAAGAGCAGGAGGUGCAGGCGGAGCUGAACAGUAUCUUGAGGAAGUCGCCGAUAAUCAUCUUUUCGAAAUCAUUCUGUCCGCACUCGAAACGCGCCAAAACUAUCCUCCUGGAGAAGUACCUCAUCGAACCCCAGCCCUACGUGGUAGAGCUCAAUCAGCACGACCUCGGCCCGCAGCUCCAAGCCAAGCUCGCGGAGCUUACAGGCAGGAAGACGGUACCGAAUGUGUUGAUCAACGGGGUAUCGAUUGGAGGCGGAGACGAGGUUGCGGAGUUGGACUCGGGUGGGACCUUAAUUGACAGGGUGAGGGACCUUGGGGGGAAGAGGAUGGCGGAGGUGAAGAUCAGGCCGAUUGGGGACAGUAAGGAGGACGAGAAGCAGGUGGAAAAGACGGAGGAGAAGGUGAAUGGGCAUGGCUUGAGAAGAUGA